AUGCAAUCUUCGCUCCUCGACCACUGGAAGUCCCUCCCGCUAGACAAGUACGACGGAACCACCGACCCCGACGAGCAUGUCGACAUUUUCCUCACUCAAGUCACCCUCAGCACCACCGACGACGCCGCCCUAUGCCGAAUUUUUCCAACAUCCUUGAUGGGAAGAGCAUUGAGCUGGUUCACACGGCUCCCAGCCAACUCGAUCGACUCUUUCAACACUUUGGCAUCCCAAUUCACCAUCCAAUUCGCCACCAGCCGACCUCACCAGCUAACCUCGCUCGCGUUGGUAAGUAUAAGACAAGAGAAGAAGGAAUCUCUUCGGACCUUCAUGAGCCGAUUCAACAAAGCGGCAUUGGAGAUCCGAGAUUUAAACUCGGUUGUCGCCCUUCACCAUCUAACUACAGCCCUGAAGCUGGGACCGUUUGCUAACAGCAUCUGCAAGAAACCUCCGUCUAACAUGGACGACCUGCGACGCCUCCCCGACAAAUACAUGCAGAUGGAAGAACUUGCGGAGUUUCGCAAUCAGGCCAGGGCAGAGGCUGUCUUGGACCACGCACUUGCGUCGGAGGUCCUGGCAGUGCCGAAGCGAGCCUCGACCCCUCCGCGCGCCGACACAACCAAGUCCUGCAAGUAUCACCGAAACAGGGGCCACUCGACCGAGGAGUGCAUAGCUUUGAAAGACAAGAUUGAGGACUUGAUCAAACAAAGGCAGCUCCAAUGCUUUAUUGAUCGGCCUCAAUCUCCCCGAUAUGAUGAUCGUCCACGUCGCCAAGACCAGCAUGACAGAGAAAGGUUCGACAGACGUCCCUACAGGGAACGCAGCCGAUCGAGGGGCCGAAAGAAGGAGGAGCCAACAACUCAACCCCGAAGGGUCAUUAACACCAUUGCUGGUGGAUUCGCAGGCGGAGGUUCCACCUCCUCAGCCCAAAAAAGACACAUGCAGGCCGUUUGA